AUGACAACUGCUGGUGCUGCUGGAGAAAUCAUACCCUUUGUCCAUUACUAUUGUGCAUGUCCCGAUCUCACUACCACGCCGCAACCCACUGAUCCACAAAGGUCGCCUGAUGUCGGUUUGAAAAAGGAAGGCGUUGACGAUGCCAAGAGUAUCGGCCCCAGUAGCGCAAGCACCAGCACCAGUAGCAACCAUCACAAGGAGCAUAAUAUCGAUGCAUCGACCACGGGCUAUCAUUUGCUCUCGCGUAAAGCAUCCAACUAUCUAUACCCACUUUCGAGAUUGUACUUUUGCGAAGAUUGCCACCAAAUCCGCUGUCCUUCGUGUGUCCAAGACGAAAUAAUGUCAUAUUACUGCCCCAACUGCUUAUUCGAGGUACCCACAGCGAGCGUCAAGAGUGAAAAGAAUAGAUGUGCACGUAACUGCUUCCAAUGUCCCAUAUGCCAAAACACGCUAUCCGUCGUUGCUGCCCAAGAACCAACACCCUCCAGUACACCUGCCACUGCCGGUCCCUAUUUCCUCUUUUGCAAUGUGUGUCGGUGGAAUUCUAAAGAAGUCAACAUGACAUUUGAAAAACCUACCAGUUUGGCAUUACAACUACAAAAGACAGAGGAAGCAUUACCAGAUGCCAAGGAAUUCGACCAUCUCAAAGAACACUUUGAAAAGCAUUUGCGACUCAAUCCACCACCACCACUUCCGCCCAGCUUGUUAUCACUCUCCAGUCCUGGCGCUUUCAGCAAAUUGAUGGGAACAAUGUCAAAUCCGCAUUCGCAAGCUCAGUGCAAACUUGAUGAUAUCGACACGUAUGAGCCAAGCGUUCAAGUACCGGAUGAUGAUCUCAAACUCGUGGAUAAGCUCAUGACGCUUCGCAAUGUGGAUGAGAUCUCCACUUUGCGACAACGUUCAAGCCAACUCCAUAAUCAACCUUAUCUACGCAAGGAUAUCCAUCCACAACGUAUUCAUCUUAGCAUCAAACGAUCCAAGCGUUGCAGGACAUGCAGACACAUCCUUAUUCGUCCAGAACAAAAGGCCCAAAUCACUCGAUUCAAAAUCAAGUUGGUUGCCAUGAAUUACAUCCCCAAUAUCACCAUUGUGAAACUACCUCGCAAGACAUGGCCAUUACACGUCGGCAUUCCUACUCAAUUUGUGCUAAAGUUCACCAAUCCACUCUAUGAAGAAAUGAGUGUUACGCUGGCAACGCCACAACAACAUAAAAAGCCUGCCAUGGGUCUUGGUGCAACGGCUGAGGAAGAACAAGAGACAACAACACCUGAUGAACCCAAGGUGGGUGGCAAGGUAACGAUCCUCUCGCCUCAUUUCAAGGUUGGUGCAUUCAAUGAAAUGAUGGAGUAUGACGAUGAGAUAUACCCUACGGGUCCCAGUAGCCGUAGCCGUUCUGGAUUCUCGGCUGGUUUGUCAUCGUCUUGGGCAGAUGGUGUGCAUGAAAAGAAGAAUAAUUAUACCAGCAUCAUUGUGGAAGUGAUCCCUGAAGAAGCGGGCGAAUUCAAGUUUCCAUUGCUUGUGACCUACAAUUACCGAUCAGGACAAGACCGCAUGGAUGCAUCAUCAGGUGAUAUUGAUGAGGAGGAUAUCGAGGAUAUGGAUGUGGAUGAUAGUACGGAUGGUGGAUCUCGGAAAGCCAACUCGUCAAUGCGAUUAGAUGAUGAUCGGAUCAAGAGCUAUUCGUUUUGGUGUUUGAUCGGUCUUGGUCAAGUCGUUUCGGAUGCCGAGAAAUAG